AUGUGGCUCACUAAGAACUGGGACACCGACAACAUGGUCACUAAGGACUACGAGAUAGGAAUAUGGAAGAAACGAUUCAUCGCGGCCGGCAACCGCGUUGGCAUAUUCGCGAUGACAUGCUUUGGAGGCUGGGCGAUUAUCAGAUACGCUGGCUUCAUAAAAUCGAUACGGCUAAAACCACUGACCACGGGAGAAGUGGCUAUGAGUAUCGAUAUACGCCGGCGCCACCCAUUCAGCGAAACUCAUUAUAUGGUCAUGCCGGGCCAGCUGUCGAUGCCCGGAGGCUGGCGAACGAGAAUUACAUUGGGCAAAGGCCGGCAAUCGAAAGUCCCGAGCAGGUCGUUGAGCUUUCUCCAGGACUUCAUAUUUAUGCAGGGCGUCGUUAGCCCUAUCAGGAUGACAGACGUUGAAAGCAACGGCAAGGCGAGAGGGAUGCUCGACCCUAGGGGCAUAAAGCUGUCGGAGAAGGACUGGGCUGGCCUCACACGUGAGUCCUUCAUCUAA